CUCUGCCCCCUGGGGCAGCGGCUUGAGAUCCUGGAUUCUCCCAGGAGGUGGGAAAACACUCUUCCUCCCUCCCUCUUCCCCCGGACCUCCCGCUCCUCCUUCCUGAAGCCCGGCUGUCUCGCCAGAGUUCCUUCUGGUUUGUGGCUCGCAGACAAAGGUCUACAUUGAGAUAAACAGGUUUUAAACUAGUUUUCAGCAAACCGGCAAGGAAACCAGCAAACAGAAAAGUAGGAUGUCUCGCUGCCGUUCUCCUCGCCUCGCCUGAACAUUCAAAUCUGAACCGACUGGCUCCGGAGGUGAAGCAGCACUCUCCUGAGCUGUCACGCCGUUGCCGCGGCUGCUUUCACUUAAGUACUCCAUUUCUCCUCCUCCCACACCUGCUCAAGGACUAUGUAUCAUUGUAAUUGUGUUGUUUAGAUCAAAAUGCCUGGUAAAACAAAUGCUUCUAAGAGAAACUCUCAACAGUUAAAGAGAACUUCAAAACAAAGAGCUGAUGAGGAUGGGGAUUUGCCAGAGAAUGAGGUUGGAAUCACAGCAAAAAGAAACAGAAGUCAUGCAGGGUGUCUGUCCUCUAAAGUAACAGGACAAGCAAAGUGUACUCACCUAAAACGGAUAAAAAUAGCCUCCAACAAGAGAAGCACCUGGCAGACUGUUCCAAAGAACACUGGAGAUUAUUUGCAGAGUGUGAUGGAGUCAGUCAUUCUAGAAAUUUUAAGCAAGAACAUUAAAGGAAAAGAACAAAUUCAGUAUCAUCUCAACUGCUUGAAGAAAAGAUUACUACAACAGUGUGGAACCCUGAAAGUCCCUGCCAGAACGCUGAACUAUUUAACUGAUGUGUCAAAUCUGCUGAAAAUUGAAAAGGCACAAGAAAGAGCUAAUGAAGAGGACAUGGCUUUACUGCAGAACGAAAUAGACAAAAUAGUAGCGACCACAGAGUCCAUGACGGAGAAUAUUCAGAGCCUAAAGAACCAAAUUCAAAUUCUGACAAAUGACGUAGAGGAAGAGGAACAGAAGGUGAAACAGGAAUUCCACGUGGAUACUAAUAAGGUGCUGUCUCUGCCAGAACUUUCUCAGAAAAGUCUUAAGGCACCCAUACUUCAAGUAAGUACCCAUUUACCAUACUCUUGCCAGGCUGUGUUACACACACACACACCCUUAUAUAAAACCAUAUACCAUUUCUUUAAGCAAACUAAUCCUUUUAUAAAUUUUUUGACAAAUUACUUUUCUUACUUGGCAUAUAAUUUGAGCAUGUUUUCUGUCAGCUCAUGUAGACUGUUCUUAUCAGUAUUUAUUUAAUGUUCCAUUACACCAAUAUACCAUUUUAAAGUACUAAUAGAAAUGAUUAGCUUUAUAUUAUACUCCUUUAUAUACUCUUAUGUAUUUGUAGACUUCUAAUUAUGGAUAUGUAACUCUAACUUUUGACUUUUAACAAUGACAUACAGCACUUUAUAAGAUAGCACUGGAUUUUUUAUCAUUAAUCUAUAUGCUGGUAGUUUGUCUUUUCUUCCAGAGAGCUUAUUGAUAUUGUCAAGUAAAUGCUCAUUUGAUUAUCUGUAAUGGCCCAGCUUAGCAGGAAUGGGAGAAGGAGAGACUUAAUUGAAAAUAAACAGUCAUCGGCUGAUAAUUAGUGAAGUUGGGCGGUGGGUACUUAAGGUUAUUAUAUGU